UCUCGGACAUUUUAGUUUGUAAACAAACGGCUGUGAGUGCGCCAAGUAAUCCUCUCGUAUUCCUUUAUUUAACGGCGAAGUUUGGUUUAAUCCCAUAAAAGUGUUUUAUUAUCUUUGUUCCGUGUUGGUUAGAAGCUAGUUCUGGAGUUAUGAGCAGCCUCUCAGAAAGUCCGGCUCGGUUCGGUCGCAGUUUGGGUUCAGCAUGCAGUCCUCCUCCGCUGUCCUCCUCUUGCACUUCAUCGCAGCUCUUCCACAUGUUGGACUCAGCUGCGGAGCUCAUGAUGGUCCACGGAGACUUCAAGGCGGCUUUUGAUACCUGUAACGCAGGUCUGGAGAAUCUGAGGCGCCUGGAGCCAGAAGAUAACAGGUGUGCAGAGUUAAAGGCUGGAUUCUGCAUGCUGGGGGUCCAGGCGCUGGCUGAGCUCAAUGAGUGGCGGGGGGUCUUCUCCUGGGUCCUGCAGCACUAUGAGCACCAGGAACAUGUACCUUCUAAGAUCAUGCAGCUGUGCAUCCUUCUUUAUUCCAAGGUGGGGGAGCCUGCUGAGAUUCAGGAGGCAGCCCGGGUUUGGUUACACUGCCCGUCAAACAUCCGAGCUCCUGGGUUCCGGUCGGUGGCGGAGCUCUAUCUGCUGCAUGUCCUUGUGCCGCUCGGACAUCUGGAGGAAGCGCGGGAGCUCGUUACUAGUGAGGUUGGCCGCGAUGCGUUCACAGAGGAGCAGAGACAAACUGCUUUGGAUGUCGUGGAAGAAAAAGCACAACAGAAUCAAGGAGAAUCUAUAAAUCCUGGAGUCACUUUAGAUUCAAAGAUUGCAGCACAUCAAGCUUCAACUCAAGGUUCUUUACUCCAUAAACUUCAAGCCAUGCUUAGGUUUUUAUACAGAAAAUGCUUGAGGACCGGUUCUGGCUCAUUCCCUGUACGGAAAGUCUUUCUGGCAUCCGUUCUCCUCUACAUGCUUCUCUUCCGAAUGGAUCCAGCUUUCUCGUCAUCCUUCAUGUGGAUUUCCAAGCUUUUUCAGCUGAUCAAACAGAUGUGGAGAGCCAUGUUUGCUCCAUAUUAUCAGCAUCUCACGUAGAGGAAUACACUAGAAAACAAGAAACCGUGAUGAACCCACCUUCAGGCAGUGAACCACAGGAGCAGCAGGCCAGAGGGGCACAUGGAACAACGAAGGGUACCCAACCCCAUCGUCACAGCAGAACCGCCCAGUACCUAGGAGAAGGAACCCCCUGCCCCCCAUAUCUUGCAGAAUCUGUUGGGCAGGCAUUAGCAAUCCACAGCCUUUGGGAAUCAGAACCAAGGAGAGGGAGGUCACCAUGCCAUGCCACCCGACUGGACAGCCCCGGGGAGGUCAAGGAGCGGGACCCCCACCAGGGCUCAUCUCAGUCCCUACAACCCCUCUGGCCAAAAAUGUUAUUGCAUCUUUAAUAAAUAAAUGUUCAACUUGA